AUGUACUCGGGUAAAGAGCGCAGCGCACGAGCUGAAGCUAAGCCCCUCCGGUCCGACCCGUUGAACACGGUCUUAACACUCUUCAACAAUGUGCAACUUGGAUCGAAAACACCGCUAAGGAUUUACUCGAGGGUGGUUUGUAUCUAUGAAGACCAACAGGGGAGAACGAGGAACUUUGCCAAUCCUGCCCUCCACGAUGCCACCAUUGCCUUUUUUUACACAGGGCCUUACCAGAUUGCACGGAGGCAGCCAGACCGGUUCCGUACUCAAUUGCCCAUAUUGUGUUUAGCCUUAGUUGCCACGGCAUUCCACUGCGUUUUCGACAGCCUUAAGAAGAACGGUAACAGUAAAUCCUAUCCAAACUUCUCCUCGAAAGAAUACUCGCCCAUCUACCGGAGAAUGCUCUCAAUCAUCAAAGAAACCCUCGAUGAUGAGUAUCACGGCCCUAGAUUGUCAGCACAACUUCGAGAAUGGGCUGAAGCUGGAUGGGCUGAACAUCUCAAGCUCGACGGUGGCGCUGCGCAGACGAGACAUGACCACCUCCAGGUCAUUCUGGAUUAA